GGCGGCGGGGGCGGAGGAGCCUGAGCUGGAGCGCCUGCGUGCGCGCCUGCGCGUGGAGCUGUGCUCGCGCGACCUCUGGCGCAAGUUCCACGCGCUCGGCACCGAGAUGAUCAUCACCAAGGCGGGCAGACGCAUGUUCCCGACGGUGAAGGUGCGGCUGACGGGACUCGACCCCAGUGCCUCCUACAUCGUCUUCUUGGACAUCGUGCCGCUUGACGACAAGCGGUACCGUUAUGUGUAUCAUAGAUAUAUUUCUCCUCUUCACCCCGAACCACCUAUUUUGGAGGCGUGUCGCAGUGUGUUCGAUGUGUGUCGCAGCUCGCAGUGGAUGGUGGCCGGGUCGGGCGACCCGCCGCUGCCGCGCUCGCUCUACGUGCACCCCGACUCGCCCGCCUCGGGCCAGCUGUGGAUGGCGCAAGGGGUGGUGGCCUUCGACAAGCUCAAGCUCACCAACAACCGGAAGCCGCUGGUGCGCGGACAGUAUUGUGAUAAUCAAUAUUAA